AUGACGACGAGCCAGAGUUGUCCAUAUGAGGCAAAAGUGAAAAAGAGUAGACGAAAGUACGUCCCUGACUUCACCGGAGUUGUCCAUGCUCAGAGCGAGCGUGCUGGAGAAGAUGAUAACGAUGGGCCUAAAUGCCCCUAUGUGCAUUGGGUUGACCUAGAGUGGCCUCCACAAUUGAGGACCAGUCUAGCUAGGAUCUGGGACAUGUAUGAAGAGGAGGUCACAUCCAGGAUCAGGGAAGCUGUUGAUCAGGCUGAAGAAUAUGUUAGGGUUGUGAAAGAGAAGGAACAGAUGGAAAAAGACCUGAGGUUUUUUAAACUUGAUUUUGCUAAGAUGGUGGCUGACAAAGAGCAGGCAAUUACUGAAUUGGGCAACACGAGGCUAGCUCUGUCUGACCUAAAGGUAGAACUUGAGAAGAAGAGAAUGGGUGACAAAUCAGUGACCAACAUUCAUCAGGUGGCCAGGGCUAAGGCAGAGAAAGAGAGGGAUGAGAUGAAGCAAGAGAAGGACAAAAUGAUGGAAGAGAGGGACAAAUUGAAGGAAGAAAGGGAUCAGUUGAAGAAAGAGGUAAAGAAGCUAGAGUAUAUGAUUGGUGACCUGUUCAAGCAUAAGGAGGACACAAAGUGCAAGAUAAGGAAGGUUGGGGAGAUGCUAGAUGAAUUUGAGUGA